AUCAGUUUCUGAAUCUGAAUGCAAAAGAGAAACAGAUUUCAGAAGAUUAUCAGUCAGUAAUGACCUUUUUGGAGUUUGACAGCUGUGUUCUCAUUAUAAACUAUGAAAGAAAGCAUAACAGAAAGAGUACUCCGAUCAGAUCUGUCUGUUUGCAGGGGAGUGUGUGUGUGUGUGUGUGUGUACAUCAUGUCUCCGUCAGGAAGAGUAUCUGCUCACUGAAGCACUAAAUUGGGUAACAGCUGUCGUGUGGGAUCACGAGUCCGGAGCGCCAGAUCAUUAUAAACACACUCUCUCUUUAUCUAUUUAUUGGUGGGUAAUUCAGGAAAGAAGCGAUGGCCCGUAAAUUGAGCAGGAAAGAGUAUCUGUCAGUCAAGGACCUGGAGAAAGUUCUGGACUCAUGUAAGUUAAACUUGCACCAAAUCGAUGAGGUCUGGCCAAACCUGUACAUCGGGAACGUAGGAAUAGCACAGAACCGAAGUGCCCUGCAGAAUCUGGGCAUCACUCACAUUCUGAACGCCGCUCACACCAAGAGAGGAAGCAUCACGGACCAGAACUACUAUGGCACUAGUUUUGUGUACUGUGGGAUCCCCGCUGACGACUCCACACACUUCGAUCUGGACGUUUACUUCAAACCGGCAGCAGAUUUCAUUCACAAAGCUCUCAGCACUCCUGACGGAAAAGUUCUGGUGCACUGCAUCAUGGGAAUGAGCCGCUCCUCGUCGCUGGUGCUGGCAUACCUGAUGCUCUAUCACGACAUGCCUUUGCACACUGCCAUACGGCGCGUCAUCCAGAAACGAGCCAUCUAUCCCAACAGGAACUUCCUGGCUCUGCUGCUGGAUCUGGACCUGCAGAGGAAGAAGAAACACAGACGAUGUGUCCUGCUCUGAG